CAGUCCUUAGUAUUUCUUUUUAGACUAAAAUAAUAUUAUAUAUACAAAAUGUAGCACUCUUUCAAAUAAUGCGGUGUGAAUUUUGUAACGAAGUGUUUGAAAAUACAGAUUUGCUGCAGGAACAUCAAGCUCUUACUUGUCCAGCAGUGCAUGAUGGACAACGUCGGGAAGAACCAGAAAAUGCCACAGUGAAAUUUAAAUGGCUCGUUGAUAGAGUAGUGGAGCCAAUAAGCAUUUAUCUAAUUUGCUCUGACAUGGUCGAUAACAUCGAGUUAAAGAAGAGUAAUGCAAGCUACAUAUCUGAUUUCAUUUUAAUGAACACUGGGAAAUAUAAUGGUCAACUUGUUAUUAACAACGAACUUAUACCGAUAGUUCCUUUUGAAAUUGAUUUCCUGUCAGAAAUGGUGUUUCUUAUUGCAGAAAGAGUUGAUUCAACUGUGGAAGAUAUUACUCCUUUGACAUCCCCUCGUCAAAACAUUGAGAAUUCUCCAAGAGCGGAGAUGUCCCCAAGGGUAGAGAGGUCACCAAGUGAAAAAACACCACGUAGACGUGAAACACCCCCUAGAGGUGAAGCCACACCUGAGAGAUUUACAUCACCAAGAGAUCACAGAGGCCCAUUUGAGGAAGAAUCCCAUUUAAGUCCAUUACAUCAAGAAUUGUUAAAUCAUCAGGUUCGACAUUCCGACGCAAACUUCGAAGACCUACAGACAUCUACAGAUAGAAGUGCUCAAGAGACCAGCACCCCAAGAUUGAAUGGACAAAACAGACAGAGCAAUGAUGCUGCAAGUCCCCGUAAUGAUGAGGAUCAUACGUUAAUGCAUGUUGAUGACUUGGGCAACGACCGUUUGAUGUUAGGAGAGCAUGCAGCUCGCGAGCAUCAGCAGCCGGUGGAAAGCGAGGCUGAAGAUGUAAUUACUCCCCCUCGUGGGCGUGCACAUCAACUUUUAAACAAUUCAAAUUCUAGUAGCGAAUUUUCUCCUCGUGAACGUAAUGCUGACAGAGAUCCAAGUGUGGCUGAUAUGCUGCUUGAAUUAUCAACAACUUAUCAGGAAGGCGAAAUUUCCAGGCAAACAUCGAACCCUAUAGAAACAGAAGAAUUUGAUCACCUUCAAGAUCUAGUACCUCUACAUUCAGAACCGUCGUUUCAAACUACUACUGCAAACGAGGCUUUGGAGGAUGCUUUACAAGAUGCCAUGCGAGAAACCCCGGCAGGUGAAGAAAAUGAGGAAAACGUGCGUAGGGGAGGAGAGCUUAGCGAUGCUUUACAGGACACUGGCGAUGACAAUGCAGCUGCUAAUAAUGUGGAAGAAAGCGGAGAAGGUUAUGUUAGUGAUAGCAGCAGCAGCUUAAUGACACCUGUGCAUGUCCUUACAAAUGAUGAAGUAGCGCAAGCAAGAGCACUUAAUAGAGAAAAUUCACGAGAGGGGUCUACUCGUCGCAGAUCAGCCCGUUCAAGAAAUUUAAGUUUAAGCAAUCAAAGAAGUCAGGAUCGUGCUGGAGAUGAAGAAAGUGAUUUAUCCGAACUACGGGCAAAAUGUGAUUCUCUAGAAUCUGAAAUUGAGCGCCUUCAAAAAGAGGAGAAACGAUUAAAGGAAUUAAUGGAAAAUUACAAAGAAGUUAAGCAGGAAUUGGAAACGAAAUGUUGCUCUUAUGAUGAAGAAAUGGAAAGGUUGAAGAAAAGCCUGCGUGAUCAGGAAGAAAAGAAUAAUCAGGAGCUAUCCAAAUUUUCACAAUUAAAUGCAAAUGUAGAGGCGGAAAGGGACAACGCCCUGAGGAACUUUCGUCAUGUUGAAGGAGAACUUCAUACAUUGAAUCAAAAAUAUGAAGAACUGCUUGCUAAGAAAGACCAAGGUCAGGUUAGGGAGCUGAAAAGAGAAAAUGAAAGCAAGAAUGAUCAGAUUGUAGAGCUGUAUGCGAAAUGUGAAUCAUUUGAAAUGGAAGUGGUGAGACUCAAAAAUGAAAAUGUCUUACUAAAGAAGCGUAAACAAGACGAGGGAAGUCCAAGAAUUAGUGAUAUGAAGUUAAAAUUUCAAGAGCUCGACAGAGAAAAUAAACGGCUGUUGUCUGAAUGCCAAAGUUUCGAAGCUGCUCAAAAGUUGCACGAAGAAGAUGUGAACAAGGAACGGGAACUGCUAGAAAAAAGAAUAAAAACACUGGAGAUAGAAAAUACGGACUUGCGUAUAAAGACGUCUUCUGAACGAGUUCUGUCAAACCAUUUCACCGAUUUUCAUGAUUCUACCAGCAAAAAAAACAUUGAGAAACUUAAAAAAGAAAACCAUGCAUUGAAGGAGAAGUUGCAAAACAUCCGCCAUGAAACAGAAGUUACUGCAAGCCUACAGAAUGGAGAAAUUAGCCGUUCCCGUUCUGAAGAAAAUAGACACGAACCACAUAUCUUAUCUCCGCGUCACUCAGCGUCAAAAUCAAGAAAUUCCGAAACCUACUCGUACAGACAUUUGCCAAGUACGCCCAUCCUUCCUAACCGACGUGAUUGCACGCGUCACAGUAAUGACGUUGAAUAUGACGGCGAUGAGAAAGUCGGCGAUUAUAACAGUAGUUAUUACUUGCGAUCGUCACGACACUCAAACCCUUAUCCUGCACUGGAUGACACAUCACCAAGCGAUUAUGGCAUGUCGCAUAUAUCUGACGCAGUCGAUGUUGCGCGAAGACACAAUCGAACAGAUUAUGCGUGGGAUAAUAUUCACGUUAAUGAUAUACUACGUGAUCAUGCUACACCGUCCUCUCAGAAGAAAUCGCACUUACAACGCACUCGAUCGUUGAAAGAUGGUGUAGAUGCAAUUGACUUUAGCGUUAAUCGUCCACUCGAAAAUUCUCGUUUCGAAAAUUCUCGUUACCAUCCAAAAUCUCGCUCGCUUGAUCUUGGUUUGGAGGAUGUUGGUUAUAAGGAGGAAUCUUCCUAUACACGUCGAAAAUACGAUAGCUUAACAAGUGUUCCAUUCUGUCCGACCACGUCACGAGAUCUUAGAGUGGGCAUGAAAGUCAGUGUGAACAGAGCCUGUGGAAAGUUGUCACGUGGUAUUGUAAAGUGGAUUGGGACAUUGCCGUAUCGCUCUGGAGAUUAUAUCGGUAUUGAAUUGGAAAGUGAAAGUGGUAGACAUAAUGGAUAUUUUGAAGGUGUACAGUACUUUAAAUGCAAGCCGUAUCGUGGCGUAUUUGUUAAAUUUCCGAAGGUUAUCAUGGCUUGGAAAUAAUUACUUCCAUUGGUAUGUUAUACAAAAAAUCUGGAGAAGUUUCAAAUGGAAAUUAGUAUGUCGAGAUUUGAAUUUGAAGUGGCAAUUUUCAGAUUAAUUUUCAAAAAGUAAUAUGAUGGACAGAUUUUUUAAUCGUGUAAAUAGUGCUUAGAUAUUAAUAGUGUAUAUAUUUAUCCAGACAUGUACCGUGUUGUAAAAGGUACCUAUUGUCCCCUUUGAUCUUCUCAUUUUUCGAUGGCUUAUCAAAUAUUGUUGCUAAAAUAUUCGUCUUCUUCUUAUUUAUUUAUUUUUUUAAGUCAACUCGCAAAAAUUGAACUCAAUUUUCAGCAAACCUUAAUUUAUAUAUAUGUAAAUAUAGGUUUAAUUUGUUUGUUUUAAGUUAUUUUUUAUCAAUCUUCGUGUAAAUGUAAUGUAUUCAAAAUUUAUCCUUCUUCUCUGAUGUUUUAUGUGAUAUUUGAAUAUAUAUGAUGUUCAAAAUGCUGCUUUUGAUAAGCAGAAAUAUCAGUAACGCGUGUUUGAAAAAGUAUUCGAUUCAUUCAAAUCAUUUAACAAACAAAAAUAUCAGUCCGCAUGUUGGUGAGAUGGUCAAGGAAUAGGAUAAAAACGUUUAAUGCCCGAGAAAGACAGAUCGCUUUAUCUUUUAUAACUUUUUUGUGAUUUCGUACUUCAUUCUACAAAUUAAGUUCCUAAAAUUGCACUUUUAAGAAUUGCAAAUUUUCUUCGAUCGAGGCAUUUAGGCAGGGAACUUAUAUUUUUGAAGCUGAUACAGCGAUUUAGUAAAAUUUUCCGGUUGGUGUUUUUGAUUUCGCUAUAAUUAAGUGUUUUAGCCUUGACAGAAUCAACUGCGGGUUUUAAAAAAACUGGAAAACAAGAAAAUUAAUUUAAAUUCCCACGGUGAAAAAUUUUUGUUCGAAUUAUAGAGGGAUUCGAAUUAUAGAAAGUCUCUGUAAUUCGAACUUUCAGCUUCAGAGGGUGAAAAUUCAAAUUACAGAGAGAAUUACGUUAUUUCAAAACCAAAGAAGUUUCAUUCAAUCUUUAUUUUCAUAGUUUACAUAAAAAAGAGACUAUUUAAAAAAAUGUGCCUGCGCCGGGCAUGUUACCGGAUACACAGAUAAAAGUCGAUGUCGACCAAUUCCUCUGCUGACAAUUCAACGUUUAUACUUUUCGCCAGCUUUAUCUCUGCGUGUUGUCUCUUGGCCAUUUUCAAUCGAGAAGUGAAAAAAUGUAGAAAAAUCAACGUUUUUUUCUGAAAAAUAACGGAAGACAAUUUUUGAAUUUUAGAAAAAACAUUCGAAUUUGUCAAAGUCUGUGUACACUCUAAAAUUCGAAUAAGGGAGAGAAUCGUGCUGAAGGGACCAAAAAACUGUUUGAAUUGUAGACAGUUUUUUUUAUGAGUUUCUUAGGGAAAAUUGACGGUGACUGAGCACUCGAAUUUAUAAAUAUUUGAAUUAGAUUAGUAUUACUCGCUAAGAUAAAUUAGACAGCAAUUAAUAUGUCUGAAUUUUUGGCCAAUUAUAACGUAUAUACAUAUCAACAAUAACAAGAAUAUAUACAAAAAAUAAUAAUGAGCCGUAUCAAGUGAAGGCGCUUAUUCAACGAGGGUGCUCAUUGAUAUUUAUAUUCCAAAAGUAUUUUUUAGUUGGAUUUCUUUGACGCCUUGCGUAAACGUUGAAAGUUAUGAAGAAUAAAGUUCAUUUUCA